CACCUUUUUCGUAUUUUUUUCCCAAACUUUGAUUCAAUAAACCCAAAGGUCGCAAAACCGUUCUUAAUCACACAUUUACUAUUGAUAAUUCCUUAUCAAAUUAACAAUUUCGUCCACGCACACCUUCGUCACCAAACCCACCAAACACACAAGACCGAAACUGGGCAACUGGGGACGCAUCUGUGUGUUUUUUGUGCUUAAGAAGUGAUAAAAGGCCAUGGCCCAGCGUUUCGCGGGCCCCGUGCCGCCCCAAGGUCCCGGGGGGCCCCCACCCCAGCGUUACCCGCCCCAAAAUCCGGGAAUGCGCCAGUACCCAGCCCAGAAUUUUCCGCAACGGACAGGGUACAACACCCCGCCCCCGAACAUGGGGGCCCAGCCGGGCGCUAUGAUGCCGCGGCCCCCUCAAGCCCCCUAUUCGCCCAUGCGAGGGGGGCCCAUGCCGCCCCAGCCGGGCGUUAAACGGCCCCCGGACAACAGGGCCGUCAUGCAGCAAAAGAGUGAUUACCCACAUGGAACCAAGAAAAAGAAGAAGCUUUCCGACAAGAUUUUGCCCCAAAAAGUCAGAGAUUUGGUGCCCGAAAGCCAGGCCUACAUGGAUUUACUCGCGUUUGAGCGUAAAUUAGACUCGACCAUAAUGAGAAAACGGUUGGAUAUUCAAGAGGCGUUAAAACGUCCAAUGAAACAAAAACGCAAAUUGAGGAUUUUCAUCUCUAACACGUUUUAUCCAGCCAAAGAGGCGUGCGCCGAGGGCCCAGACGGCCCUGGACAAGAGGGCUCCGUGGCCUCUUGGGAGUUGCGAGUCGAGGGCCGCCUUUUAGACGACUCGAAAAGUGACCCCAAUAAAGUCAAACGCAAAUUUUCGUCAUUUUUCAAAUCGUUGGUGAUUGAGCUCGAUAAGGAGUUGUACGGUCCUGAUAACCACUUGGUGGAAUGGCACCGUACCUUAACAACUCAAGAAACAGACGGUUUCCAGGUCAAGAGACCUGGGGAUAAGAAUGUGCGGUGCACUAUUCUUUUGUUACUCGACUACCAACCGCUACAAUUCAAACUCGACCCGCGAUUGGCCCGUUUAUUGGGCGUGCACACGCAGACACGCCCCGUUAUCAUCUCCGCCCUAUGGCAGUAUAUAAAAACGCACCGAUUGCAAGACGCCCACGAACGCGAAUACAUCGUGUGUGAUAAAUAUCUCGAGCAGAUCUUCGGGUGUCCUCGGAUGAAAUUUGCGGAAAUCCCCCAACGUUUAAACCCGUUGCUCCACCCACCGGACCCUAUCGUCAUCAAUCACGUGAUCUCGGUGGAGGGCGGGGCCGAAAGCAAGCAAACCGCCUGCUACGAUAUUGACGUGGAGGUGGACGAUACGCUCAAAACUCAGAUGAAUAAUUUCCUGUUGAGCACAGCUAGUCAGCAGGAGAUCCAAGGUUUGGAUGCGAAAAUUCACGAAACUGUCGAUACGAUUAAUCAAUUGAAAACAAAUCGUGAGUUUUUCUUGAGUUUUGCCAAAGAUCCGCAACAGUUUAUUUACAAGUGGAUCGUGUCACAAACCAGGGAUUUGAAGGUAUGGAAAUGUAUGACCGAUGUGGUGGGCAAUCCUGAAGAGGAGCGGAGGUCCGACUUUUUCUACCAACCGUGGGCGCAAGAAGCCGUGUGUCGCUAUUUCUACACCAAGGUGCAGCAAAAAAGGGCCGAACUGGAGCAAGCACUCGGCAUUCGCAACAAUUGAGCGAAACCAGCACGAGAUAUGUAUUAGUUUAUUUGAAUAUAAUUUCCAGCAUUUAAUAAAUAAACUGCAUUUUUAACUCAA